AUGUUCGCCGAACUUCAUAGCAGAGCCCUUCACAGGCAGACCGCUCCUUCGCUUCUCCGUCUGGCCCAUUUUUCCUCGAGAGGGAAAUCUGCACCUUCUAGCUCAACAAGAAAGGACCAAGGGGUCGCCAGAAGAGGUGGAUCCAAGAAUUUCAAACUUCCGACUGUAGAUAAUUACCCACCUUACAAGUUUGGAUCUUAUUCUCCCCUUAAUCUCCCCGAUGAAAGAUCACGUGAAGGCAUCAAAAAGCUUGUGGACAAGAUCACAGACUUCAACGAGUUGAAAAUUUAUCCUGAGAUCCGGAGUGCUUUAAUAGAAGAGAUCAAGGCACACACUGUUCUACGCUCGCAAAACUACGUCUCAAACACCAAAAAGGUGAAAACCGAAGGCGAGCUAAAUGGCUUGAUUAUUAGGCCGACACCCAUCCAGACUGCAGCUAUCAAAAUCAUUAACGAUAAGAGGCAAAACCAUGAAUUCUUGAAAGUUUUCACACUGGCAGCUGAAACUGGUAGCGGUAAAACAUGGGCAUAUAUGGCACCUCUACUACAGCAGUUGCUGGAAGUGGUCGAAGCCACCAGCCCAUACAUCAAGCACCGUGCAGGUAUCAAAUCUGUGAUUCUUGUUCCAACACAUGAACUUGUCGACCAGGUUCAUGAGACUGUCGAAUAUACUGCGAAAAAACUCAACUUGAACGUACUGAAGUGGGACACCGAGUCUAAUUUUAGAGUUUUCAUUGAAAAUUUCAAAAAAGGUAUCGAUAUCAUGGUAACCACUCCAGGUAAGCUGAAUUCUCUUUCAAGAUACCCUUCCGUUCAAAAUCCGAAGAUGAUCUUUGGUUCAGUUUCAUUCUGUGUUGCAGACGAAGCAGAUACGUUGAUGGAUCCUUCUUUUGUUGAUGAAACGAACAACAUAAUUAAACAUAUGACCAAUCUCUCAUCUUUGGUUUUUGCAUCGGCGACUAUUCCUUCGAGAUUCAAUAAAACAAUUGAUCAUUUAUUUCCUGAUGUUAUCAACAUUUCUACCCCAAGUUUGCACAAGCUUCCGAAAUCUAUAGAAUUCAGAAUGAUUAACGCUUCCGUUUCACCAUAUAAAGGAUCGAAAAUCAAGGCUUUGGCUCAAGCAUUAUAUGCCAUCCACUGUGACGGUACCGAACAAGGAUAUGAAAAGCGUGUUAUUGUUUUCGUCAAUAAAAAAGAAGAUUGUUCCAAAAUUGCAGAAAAGUUAUCAAAAAGUUACGGUCACGAUGUGACAUACAUAACAUCAGAGGAUACAGCAGAGGAAAGGAAACGCAAAGUAGCUACCUUCGUUGUUCCUGCUCAAAAGCUAGAAGAUCCUGCAAAACCAGUACUUAAAGUUCUAGUAUGUACUGAUUUGUUGAGUAGGGGGUUGAAUUUCCAAGGUAUCAGGAACGUUAUUUUACUCGACGUCCCAAAAAAUUCAGCAGACUUAGUCCACCGUGCCGGAAGAACAGGGAGAAUGAAUCAGAGUGGACGUGUUUUCAUGAUAAUAAAUGAUUCCGACAAGGGCCAUAUCAAAGGGCUUCCAAAAGUGUUGAGAAAUAAUAGACGUCUAGGGUAG